AAAGAUGAACUUUGGGUGAACUAAUUUGUCUGACCAAGGUAACGUGGGCAGCAACCUGGACCGCCUAUAAAAACGGCGCGCGACGGGAUUUGAAGAGCUGGCGGCAGCAGGUGGCGCGGGAGGCUGCGGCGUGCCAUGGGGCUCCUGGCGCUGCUGGCCAGUGCGCUCUGCACCUUCGUGCUGCCGCUGCUGCUCUUCCUUGCGGCUAUCAAGCUCUGGGACCUGUACUGUGUGAGCAGCCGUGACCGCAGCUGCGCUCUCCCCUUGCCCCCCGGGACUAUGGGCUUCCCAUUCUUUGGGGAAACGUUGCAGAUGGUGCUGCAGCGGAGGAAGUUCCUGCAGAUGAAGCGUAGGAAAUACGGUUUCAUCUACAAGACACAUCUGUUUGGGCGGCCCACUGUGCGGGUGAUGGGCGCGGAUAACGUACGGCGCAUCUUGCUGGGAGAGCACCGGCUGGUAUCGGUCCACUGGCCGGCGUCGGUGCGCACCAUCCUGGGCGCCGGCUGCCUCUCCAACCUACACGAUUCCUCUCACAAGCAGCGCAAAAAGGUGAUUAUGCAGGCCUUCAGCCGCGAGGCACUCCAGUGCUAUGUGCCGGUGAUCGCUGAGGAAGUGGGCAGUUGUCUGGAGCAGUGGCUAAGCUGCGGCGAGCGCGGCCUCCUGGUCUACCCGGAGGUGAAGCGCCUCAUGUUCCGCAUCGCUAUGCGCAUCCUGCUGGGCUGCGAGCCCGGCCCGGCGGGCUGCGGGGAGGAUGAACAGCAGCUCGUGGAGGCCUUCGAGGAGAUGACCCGCAAUCUCUUCUCGCUCCCCAUCGACGUUCCCUUCAGCGGCCUGUACCGGGGCGUGAAGGCUCGAAACCUCAUUCACGCGCGCAUCGAGGAGAACAUUCGCGCCAAGAUCCACCGGCUGCGGGCGGCAGAGUCGGGUGGGGGCUGCAAAGACGCGCUGCAGCUCUUGAUUGAGCACUCUUGGGAGAGGGGAGAGAGGCUGGAUAUGCAGGCACUAAAGCAGUCUUCAACUGAGCUCCUCUUUGGUGGACAUGAAACUACAGCCAGUGCGGCAACAUCGCUGAUCACUUACCUGGGGCUCUACCCACAUGUUCUCCAGAAAGUUCGAGAAGAGAUGAAGAGUAAGGGCUUACUUUGCAAGAGCUAUCAAGACAACAAGCUGGACAUGGAGACUCUGGAACAACUUAAAUACACUGGGUGCGUUAUAAAGGAGACUCUUCGACUGAAUCCCCCAGUUCCAGGAGGGUUUAGAGUUGCUCUAAAGACUUUUGAAUUAAAUGGAUACCAGAUUCCCAAGGGCUGGAAUGUUAUUUACAGUAUCUGUGAUACUCAUGAUGUGGCAGAUGUCUUCACUAACAAGGAGGAAUUUAAUCCUGACCGGUUUAUACUGCCUCCCCCUGAGGAUGCAUCCAGGUUCAGCUUUAUUCCGUUCGGAGGAGGCCUUCGGAGCUGUGUAGGCAAAGAGUUUGCAAAGAUUCUCCUCAAGAUAUUUACAGUGGAGUUGGCUAGGCAUUGUAACUGGCAGCUUCUAAAUGGACCUCCUACAAUGAAAACCAGUCCCACUGUGCAUCCUGUGGACAAUCUCCCUGCAAGAUUCACCCACUUCCGGGGAGAAAUUUGAUGGACUUAUUUGAAGUGUACAUGAUUUUUUUUAAUAGUGUUGUGCUGACUUUAUUUAAUUUCUAAAUGUAUAGUAUAAUAUUUAUGUGUCUCUACUACAGUACCAUAGUCUUUAAAUAUUAAAAUAAUGAAUUUGUACUAUUUCCAAAUAAAGUAAAAAUUGAAAGUG